AUGACUGCUUCAGCUUCACAUAAUGCUUCCCACGAUAGAUACCAUGACUACGAAUCUGACUUGGAAUCAGAUACUGACAGUGAGAUCUUGCCCGACUUACCGUAUUCAGCCAGCUUAACCUACAAUUUCCAAUCCAAACUGUCCAAUACCGAGAAACUUCAAAAAUUAAGAGGUCUUAUGAAGCAGCAUGGAAUUUCCGUAUAUAUUGUUCCCAGUGAAGAUGAGCACCAAAGUGAAUACACUGCCCUUGCAGACAAGAGAAGGGAGUUUAUUUCUGAGUUCACGGGUAGUGCUGGAAUUGCGGUCAUCACUUUGGAUGAUGGUGAAACUUUGACUGGUCAAGCUGCUAUGUCUACAGAUGGAAGAUACUUUUUGCAAGCAGAAAAGCAAUUGAAUAAAGAAAACUGGACGUUGUUGAAGCAGGGAAAUCCUUCAUAUCCAAAGUGGACUCAAUGGUGCAUCGACAAAGCGAUACAGAGUAAGUUUUCAAAUGUCAUUUCUUGUGAUCCUAGAGUGAUAAGCUUGUCAACUGGUGAAUUUUUCGAAAAGGCAAGUAAGUCACAGUACCUGGGACAGAUUAAAUUUGAACCUUUAUUGAAAACCAAUUUGAUUGACGAAGUUUGGGGAGAUGAGAAGCCUUCCCGCUCAUUAGAACCGGUAUUUGUAUACGAGAUGGAGUUUGCUGGGGAAACUGUGGAGUCCAAGUUGAAGAGAGUUCGGAAGAAAAUGUCUGAAGAUGGAAAUGGUACCCACUUACUUGUAACUGCAUUAGAUGAAGUGGCUUGGUUAUUGAACUUGAGAUGUACAGCAGAUGUGGAGUUUAAUGCGUGCUUCUUUAGUUAUGUGAUUGUGACUUUGGAUGGUCUUUCUUUGUACAUUGAUGAAAGAAAGUUAUCAGAUCCCAAGGUCAAGACUCAUUUGGACCAAAUCAAAGGUCUAGUUGUGAAAAAAUAUGGUAGCUUUUAUGAUGAUUUAAAAAAUUUUAAAUCAACCAUCAACUAUCCAGAGAUGGCUUUGAUUUUACCAUCGAAAACUGCAACUACGUAUGCUAUACUUGCUUCACUUCCACAAUCUUUAAUUAAACAGAGGGUUUCUUAUAACCCUAUUGUUUCUUACAUGAAGCUCUAUAAGAAUGAGACCGAGUUGAAGAACGCAGAAGUCACCCAGUACAAGGAUUCUUUGGCCCUUAUCAUUUUUUCAGCCUGGCUUGAACACAGCUUAUUAGAUAAAAAGAUGGUUAUUAACGAAUAUGAGGCAGCUUGUAAAAUCCACCAAAUCAAAACUAGAUUCCCCAAUUUCUUGGGCGAAUCAUAUGAAACAAUCUCUUCUUCAGGACCAAAUGGAGCCAUUAUCCAUUAUGCUCCUUCUAAAGAAGAAAACUCAAUCAUUGAUCCUGAGCAAAUCUAUCUUCUUGAUGUGGGUUCUCAGUUCUUAGAAGGAACCACAGACAUCACAAGAACUUACAAGUUUGGAUAUGAAGGUCUUUUAGAGGAAGAUAGAAAGUUCUAUACUUUGGUUUUGAAAGCCCACUUGGCUGUUGCUUUGGCUAAAUUCCCUCCUAAUAACCCUUUAACAAGUGCAAUUUUGGAUUCAUAUUCUCGUCAACCUUUGUGGAAUGAAGGUCUUGAUUUUAAUCAUGGUUCGGGUCAUGGAGUUGGAGUUUGUGGAAAUGUUCAUGAGGGUCCCUUGUACUUGCUGACCACCAAUGGUGGGCCAUCUAACCAAUCACUAUUUGCUCCAGGUGCCAUUACUACAAUCGAGCCUGGAUAUUAUGUUGAUGGAGUUAAGGGAUUCAGAGUUGAAAGUGAAAUCCAAGUCAUCGAAUGUGAGGAUACUGUGGGAAGAACCAGAGAGGGAAACAAGUUUUUAUGCUUCAAAUACUUGACUCCAGUACCCUUCUGCCAUAAGCUAAUUGACACGAAGUACUUGAGUCGAGUCGAAAUCGAUUGGAUUAAUGAAUUCCACAGAAGCAUCAGAUUAGGUCUUGGUAAACAGUUAUUAGAAAUGGGUGAAUUUAGAGCUUAUAAAUGGCUUGUCAACGAGACCAGACCCAUUUGA